AUGGCAGAUCAGGAGGAUGAUCUUAUCAAUUUUGAGCGGCCAGUACUCCAAGCCCAGGUUGCUGGUCAGCCGGGUGAGGACAGUCUGACAGACACAGGCUCAGUUCCCGCGGCAGCUGACAAUCGCCGCGAUCUUGCCGCCCAGACAGUUUCUCAAGACCCCCGUCAGCCGGUCCGCCUACCCAUGCAGCAGUUGAGUGACCACUGGGCUGCUCACCGGAAGAGCACUCAGUUGGGCCCAAUCCAGCGCCCUGGCUCGGCCGGCCAUGCGUAUUUCUUCGUCUCCCAUGCUGCCGAGCUUUCCGCCGGCGUCAUCGAGGCCGUUCACGGGGAAAUGCUGGAAUUUGCCAAGGACCGCUCUGAUGUCUUCUUCGACAUUCAGGGACAAGGGCCAACCAGAUACCUCGCGAUCCGCGCGCCCUCCGUGGACUUGGCCCACGAGUGCCUUGACGAGGCCCGCACCUGUGCAGACAACAUCAUCUUCGACAAGACAGUCCGGCUGGACGCGGCCUUCGUGAAGCCGCCGCCAUAUCCGCUGGGCUCGGUCGAAAUCAAGCUCGCCCGUUUGCCGGCCUCGGGCUCCGCACGCCCAACGAUGCUGCCGUGCUCCCAGCCCCGCAUCUCGCUCGAGCGUGCUGCAGCCCAGCACGAGUCUAGCUACGGUGGCCCGCUCCGCCAGCAACUGGCCUCGGCUUUGAGCAAGGCUGGCCGUAUCAAGGAGAGGGUCAAUCUGCGCGUGCGACUUGGCCACUUCCAUCUUCUAGCCUACCCUCGGCAGGAAGGACGGUCCGAGCCCGAAUUCACAUACGGCGUCUUCUCGGAUCUGGUCAAGAAGAGUCGUACCAAAAGCCAGGUCAUGACACAGGUCGGAGGCCUGGGUGAGGCUAUGCAAAUUCUCAAUGCCAUCAAGACCAACACGGACUCUUUCCUUGCCGAGGACAUGGCUGUCUUGUCGGUGGCAGACGUCGGUCCAGUAUUUGUCUUCGAGGCACUAUCCAAGAAGCAUAAGUUUGAAGCCCAGCUCCGACCCCUGGGCAACGCCGGGCUGGACGGUGGGGCCGGCAACUUCAAGGUCUCCAACAUCGAUGCCCUGGAGCUGAUGGAGGGGAGCAUCGGCAAGCAGCUGGACUUCAGAACGCUUUGCCUGGAUCAGCCACUGGACUGGAAGAUCGAAACCGUCAACGAGCAGCGCAAGACCAUCGGGUUCGAGGCUCUGAAGUCUGAGAUUCGGGGAGCCAACAUUCGGUUCACCACGGGCGAAGGCGACAAGGACGAGCACUACCCAUGUUUAUACUUUGCCAACAAGGACAAAGUAUUUACGGCGCUCGACAAGGUGGCCAUGCAGAGUCUGUUCCGAUUCCGGUACAACCCGGCCCCUUACGCCGUCGAAUUUGUGCUCCGUCGCCAGUGGGACAGCCCUUCGGCCAUGGUCAACCUGGAGGUGGACCCCGUGACGACCUUCGGCAUCACGAUAUACGGCGAAGACUGGAGCGAUACACGAGCUUCCGAGAUCACAAGGACUGGACAGGGAUGGGGCACUGAGCUUGAGCAUUUGUUCCGCCAGGAUCAUGGCGGCCAGGAGGACUACGUAGCGCGCAGCGGACAGGAGAGAGUACAGGCCUUCCUCGACGUCCUAGAGGACAUCCAGCAUGCCCUUUCACCAGACACCCGGAAACUCGGCCAACCCUCCGUUGGACCACAGCCCAGCCAACUAGUCUAG